CGCUUCCUGCCCUGGAGCUCUGACCAUUAUCAGGAAGUUUCGGGCGGUGGUGCAGGUUUGAGGUUGGUCAUCGAUUUGUGUUUAUCAUUUAACCGAUUUGCAGGUCAAUACAAAGCCAAAAUGUCGAGCAAAAGGGCUAAGGGAAAGACCACCAAAAAGCGCCCACAGCGCGCAACUUCCAAUGUGUUUGCCAUGUUUGAUCAGUCCCAGAUUCAGGAGUUUAAAGAGGCUUUUAACAUGAUUGAUCAGAAUCGUGAUGGUUUCAUCGACAAAGAGGACUUGCACGACAUGCUUGCAUCACUUGGAAAGAACCCAACAGAGGAAUACCUGGAAGCUAUGAUGAACGAGGCCCCUGGCCCCAUUAACUUCACUAUGUUUCUGACCAUGUUUGGUGAAAAGUUGAAUGGAACAGAUCCUGAAGAUGUUAUUAGAAACGCAUUUGCCUGCUUUGAUGAAGAAGGGACAGGUGCUAUCCAAGAAGACUACUUGAGAGAGCUUUUGACCACAAUGGGAGACCGGUUUACCGAUGAGGAGGUUGAUGAGCUAUUCAGAGAGGCACCGAUUGACAAAAAGGGCAACUUUAGCUAUGUUGAGUUUACACGCAUCCUGAAACACGGUGCAAAGGACAAAGACGAUUAAGCAUGGAUUGCAAAAAUAUGCAAAUAUCUUUUUGUUCAUAUUCUAUAUCAUAUUUGUUUGCAUGCAUGCCUUAACUUUAAAACAAAAUAUUAAUAAU